AUGAGUAAUAAGCAUCUGCAAAGUAAAUUCGAACCAGCCACAAAUGCAGACGGCAAACACAAAAGAUACAAGAAGAAAAAUCAAGACAUAUUGUGUAUAAACCGACCAGAUGAUAUUGACGGUUCUCUUCUUGAUAAGUUCAAGAACAGGCAAGUAAUAAGCGAAAUGCAAUGCCAUAUACGAAAUGCAAUCUUCCGAAACGAAUUGUUUAGCCUUCAUGAAAGACAGGACUUUGAAAAUGGAAGUUUGAUCGUGAAUAACAUCAAGAUGUGCAUAACAACCUCGUCAUUUCCAUCAAGAGACAGCGAGUAUAUCUUCGUGGGAGUUAAAGAAGGGUUUGAUGGGCAAUCGUCAUUUGCCUUUGCAUCUGGAGAGUCUGAAAUCUAUGUCUUUGAUAGGAAAAUGUGCUUGAAGCAUGUGCUAAGGUUUUCAUAUGGGUAUUGCAGAAAGAUAAAAGCCAUACUGGUGGAUAAAAGUAUAAGCUGUGUUGCAUUGUUCAGUGAUGGCAUCAUUAGAAGAUUUGAAUUUAAUGGCGAAGUCAUAAACAUGCGCGAGGCAAAUGCAAAGGAAAUAGUGGAUAUUGAAGUUAGUAAAAAUCAAAGCAUCAUAUUUGCAACAGAUGGUAGCAGUGUAAUUUGGAUAUCUGGAGUGUCUGUUGUGUCUAGAUUCAGCAUAGUAAAGGGAUUGAUCACAUCGAUUGCAAUCAAAGAACUUGAAAAUGAAAAUGGAAGUGCACCUGAGCACAAGAGAGGCAUAAACGGAAACAAUGUAAAUGAAGGACUAUUUGAGUUCUAUGCAUUGUCGUUGUGUGGAAAGGUUGUUGCGUUUGACUUUAGUUUUCAGGAAAUAAAAAGCGCUUCAUUUCCUUCUGGAUACACGCUUAUCAAGUCUUUGGAGUUGAGCAGCAACUUGCUUAUUGUGGACACUCUUAACAGCUCAACAAAGACGAUAUGUCCCAAUAGCGACAUGCACAAGACAAGUGCAAUGUUCAACUAUUCGAUCUCAUGCCUGGACAGUUAUGGAAAAAGCACAAUAACCGGUGGGUUUGAUGGUGUAGUACGAUGUGCAAAGCUUAAUAAGAGGAAUGCAAAUGCAAAGCCUAUCUUCCAGCUUGUACGACGGAGCAGUGAUGUUUUACUGGGGCAUCUGCAUAAAGAAUUUAAGGUAUUUGAUCCACAAGGCAGGCUUCGUAAUGACUUUUGGGAAAAGGUUGUUGGAGUUCAUGUUGGAAAGGAUUUUUUGUAUGUUCUGUAUAGUUGUGGGAUUAUUAUUAGUAUGAGGCUAUUAUGA